AUGGCGGACUCUCAGCAAGGCACAAAGCGCUCCUACGACGAGAUAAACAGCCCUGAUCAUCUCCAAUCCGGAUUUCAGAGAUUCUUCAACUCCGAAAGUUUCUCUGAUAUCACGAUCAUUUCUGGUAGCCAGAGCUUCCACGCGCACAAACUUGUACUGUCUGCGCAAUCCGACUACUUUGCCAGCAUAUUCAGCGGUCCUUGGAAGAUGAUCCCUCUAGCACUGUUGAGGCCAUGCUUCGGUUCCUCUAUUAUCUCGAUCCCUACUCCCCCCUCGCCCCCAGUCGAAGUGUCAACCACGCUUUUCAACGUCAUGCUUUACAUUACAAGUGACAAAUACAUGAUCCCGAACCUAAAGUGUCUCGCGAAAUAA